CACACACACACACACUAAGAAAAUGGCCACAUCAAGAAUGUUCCAAAUUUUGAUUUUGUCAAUUUUGUUCUUCUCUUCAAUGAUUCUUGCAGCCAGUCCCACCUACAAUAUCCAGUCCUACGGUGCAAAAUCCGGCGGAAAAUCCGACUGCAGCAAGGCCUUUCUGAGUGCUUGGGGGGCGGCCUGCGCCACCACCGCCCCGGCCACCAUAUAUGUGCCGCCGGGGAGGUACCUCAUGCGAAACGUAUAUUUUAAUGGCAAUUUGUGUAAAAACAAUGCCAUCACUAUACGUAUCGAUGGGACCCUCGUAGCUCCCUCUGAUUACAAUGUGAUUGGGAGUAGUGGGAGCUGGUUGAAAUUCGAAAGGGUCACCGGAGUUUCCAUCUACGGUGGAACCCUAGAUGCCCAAGGCGCCAACUUGUGGGCUUGCAAAAACUCCGGCAAGGGUUGCCCUAAAGGCUCUACGUCUUUGGCCUUCUACAAUUCGAACAACAUACGGAUCAACGGAUUAGUGUCGUUAAACAGCCAAAUGUUUCACAUUCUUGUUGACGGGUGUCGGAAUGCGAAUCUGGUGAAUGUGAGGGUGUCGGCUCCGGGGAACAGCCCGAACACCGACGGGAUUCAUGUGCAGCAGUCAUCCGGUAUUACUAUCAUGAACUCCCAUGUUUCCACCGGAGACGACUGCGUCUCCAUUGGCCCCGGCUCCUCCAACUUGUGGAUUGAGAACCUCGCCUGCGGCCCCGGCCACGGAAUUAGCAUUGGAAGUCUAGGUUGGGAUACUAAUGAAGCAGGAGUGCAAAAUGUGACAGUAAAAACUGCCACAUUUAGUGGAACUGAAAAUGGUGUGAGAGUGAAGACAUGGGCGAGGCCUAGCAAUGGAUUUGUGAGAGAUGUUUUAUUCCAACAUCUUGUUAUGGUUAAUGUCCAAAAUCCAGUCAUCAUUGACCAAAACUAUUGCCCUAACCAUCAAAAUUGUCCCCAUCAGGGUUCUGGUGUGAAAAUUAGCAACGUGAAAUACGAAGAUAUACAUGGAACGUCUGCGACACAAGUUGCAGUGAAAUUCGACUGCAGCAAAACACGGCCGUGCAGUGGGAUUAGGCUGGAUGAAGUGAACCUCACCUUCAGAGACAAACCGGCCACGGCAUCGUGCUCCAACGCCGAUGGCACAGCCGACGGAAUUGUGAAGCCGAGCAGCUGCUUAUAAGUGGCGCAUACAAAAUGGCAAAAUCAGUUAUAAUAUAUGAUUAGUACAAGGUUUAGGUUAUACGGAAUAAUUUAAUUAUCUUUAAGAUAUGAAUUAAAGUUUCGUUGUAUGAUAUAGUUUCACAAAUUCUUAUGAGGCCAUUAUUACUAUAAAUCUCAAAGUGUGUGGUGUGGA